AUUUUUAUUUGUGUGGCCACUUUCGCUUGUCAAUAAUGUUACUAGUAUCAAACAAUGCGAUGUUUUAAAAGUGCGAUUAGUGCACUAGCAGAGAUCACUACUUAAAUCGAUAGUAGAUUUGGCUCUUUGCCAUCGGAUGUCUGUGUUCGUGUUUUCCCUCUAAAUGUGGAGAAACGGUGUGCUGUGGGCUGAUGCUGAGCAAUUCAUGCUGUUUGUUUACGGAAGUGUAGCUGUUUUCUUGUAGUGCGGCCUCAGUUUAUUAUUGUCUACUAAACUUGAUUAUUUCUGAAGAAAAACAAUUUGCAACGUAAAUUUGGUGUAUGCUGAAGUGCAAUGGCUACUGAUAGCAUAGAAAAACUUUAUAAAAAUUUUGGUAUUUUGGCAGACGCUAAAGAGAAGAUCGGAGAGCAUGAAAAUGAAUAUCUUGAAAUCCUAAAAGCAGUCAAAGGUUCACCAAAGGAAAAAAGAUUGGCCUCGCAGUUCAUUGCAAGAUUUUUCAAGCACUUCCCAGCCCUAGCUGACAAAGCGAUUGAAGCACAGCUUGAUUUGUGCGAAGAUGAAGACAUUGCUAUACGAAAACAAGCUGUAAAAGACCUACCAAAUUUGUGUAAGGACAACAACAAGCACACAAGGAAAAUAGCAGACAUUCUGGCUCAAUUGCUGCAAGUUGGAGAUCCUACAGAACUUAGCGUGGUUCAUAACUCACUGAUGACACUUUUUAAAAUGGACGCUAAAGGUACACUCGAUGGAAUUUUUUCACAAAUUUUUGGAGAAAAUGAACUUGGCAGAGAAAAAUGUAUCAAAUUUCUAAAUGCAAAAAUAAAAGUACUAGGUCGUGAUGUUAUUGACAAAGAAGCUGAAGAUAUUCUAAUUUCGGAAUGUAAGAAAGUGCUAAUGCAGGCAGUGACAGAAGACGAAUUUCGUCACAUAAUGGAACUAUUAGGUUGGUCACGCUUAAGCCAGACAGUGAGUGGACAGCAAGAACUGGUAGAUUUGGUUGCAGAACAAGCUGAUAUUGGCCAACCUUUUGAUCCUCACGAUCCUGAGAUUGAGAAUGUUGUUGACAGGCUCAUACAAUGUGUUCGGCAUGCGUUGCCGUAUUUUUCAUCGCAGGUUGACUCAUCAAAGUUUGUUACUUACUUCUGCGAGCAAGUACUUCGCCAGUUUGGUGAGAUAGUAUCAAAUGAAGAUGGAGUAGAUUCACAGCUGGAGAUUCUUAAGCUGUUUGCUGAACUGUGCACACAUUGUGGACCUCUAGAAAAUGCUGAAUCAAAAGUUGAUAAGGUCUUCCAAAGGCUAGUGGAAUACAUGCCGUUACCUCCAGAUACUGAAGUUGAAGGGUCAACGCAGGAGCAGCCACGACUGGAAUUUUCUUAUGUUGAAUGCCUUAUGUAUGGCUUUCAUCGUUUGGGACGUCAGUGUCCAGAGUACCUGACAAAGGACCUGGAAAGACUGAAGGAUUUUCGGUUUAGGCUACAGUACUUUGCCCGUGGAAUCCAAGGUUACAUUAAAAAACUAAGAGAAGCCCUUCAAGGCAAGAGCCCUGAAGAUCUGCGGAGUGAAGAAAACAAAAUAAAAGUUGUGGCUUUGAAGACGACAUCUAACAUAAAUACACUUAUUAAAGAUCUGUUCCAUAGCCCACCAAGCUAUAAGAGUGAUAUAAUUCUUUCAUGGAAACCUACAAAUUCAUCAGCUGCUAAAGAAAGUACUUCACCUGGUCAGAAACGUCACACACCGAUAACUUUUACAAGUGGAGAUUCAAGUGCUUCCAAGCAACCCAAGACUGAUAAAUCUCCAAGGGAGCUUUAUCAGCCACCUAGUGGGAAAUACAGCAACAAAGUUUCAAGUUACACUCCUACCAGAGGCCGCGGUAGAGGUAGAGGUAGAGGAGGAUUUCGUGGAAAUCGUGGAUGGCGACGUGGGUUCUAGGAUCACAGUCUGUACAAUGUGCUUUCUGUGUUAAAUCGUCUCAUGUUCUGCUUAAUUGUGAAGAGAUGGUAGCAACCAGGAAACUGUUUGGCUGAAUAGACUGAAGACGUAUGUUCUGGAACAGACUUAAGGAGAGGUUCCGAUGUGCUGCAGUAAAUCGUGGGACUUUUACUCUGUAGCUUUAUUUUCAGCCGAAAAAAAUUAUCAGUUCAAAACUUUUGUUUGCAUUCUAGAGAUAACUGGUAAGUUAUAAGAAAACCAUUGACGAUAUUAACUCUUAUGAAAGAGCAAGACAAACUGCAAGAAGCUGUAAAAGAUCGUCUCAGGAAACUCGUGUGACAUACGUCGGUGUCCUGGGAUACAACAGAAAUUUAAGUGCCACCGACUUCCAGCUUCAGUCAUUUGGGAGAACUUAUGUAAAACCAGCCCUUGUCCUUCGCCAUUUAAUCCAGAACUGACCUACAUGAAGUGGCUUUGCAGUUUUGUUGCACAAAAAUUCAUUAUUGUAGUCUUGUCGUUGUAUGUAAUCUUGUCCAAAUAACAAUUGUGAAAUUUAGAGUAACUCAGAUGCAAAGAGAAAUCAUAUCAACACACAGUUGGCUUUUUGUUUCUGUUUAAGAAAAGUUAUAGCCAUAUUAGUAGGUUGUAUAACUACUCAGUUAUGAUCAUUGUCUUUUUUUAAAAAAUUGAAGAUACUUGUGCUCCCAAAGAUUAAUACACUACAUCUUAUAAAUUACUCUUUUUUUCUGUGCAUUGUCUGUUGAGACAAUAGUCAGUUAUUGUUUUCUACAUUGGCUCAUCAAAAACAAUCAUGUAAGAUGUGUGUUAUCUCGGUCACCAUCUUUGUAUGUAGUAGCACUGUAACUUAAGUGAGGAAGGUUGCAGCUUUCCAAUGAAAUUGGUCAUUGUAUUACAUCUAACAUUGAGCUUCUAGCUCCUUAUAAUGAUUUUUGUAUAUUCAUUUGAAAUCGUGUAUUGGAUCUAUUUGUGUGCAGUACCAGUCAGAUAUGCAUUUGGAGUUUUGAAUGUGUCAUUACUUGCUUUUUGUAGAAUCAUCAUGAGUAGAAGUCUACACAUUCAUAUUGUUAAGAGGAGUAAGCCUUUUUGAUGUUACCACGUUGAUUGAAAGAGCUGUAAGGAAAUGUAAACUGUUAAUACAAAGACUGCUCCGGUGCAUUCUUGCAUAUUUUAUGAAUUGUGAACAAAAGAAUGAUGUAGCGGUGCCCUUGCAAUGCACCUUAUUUGUAUAAAAACUGGAAGUUCUGUAUGUUGUCAUUGUGGUCACUUAGCCUAUGUUGUAUUGAUAACAGUGGUAGUAGUAAUGUUGAUGACUGAAUAAUGCAGUGAUUAACCGAGCUAUAUGUGAAUGACCUUUGAAUGUCUAAGCUCACAAAAAGCAACACAUUGAUUAUUAAUUGUUGCAGUUUUGGAACCAAAGUGUUGUUGCAGAAUGUGUGCUUUGUUUCAGCUUAGGACCCAUUAAAUGAGGGGGAUGAUGUUGAUGAUGAUGAUGAUGUGUGCGUGCAUGCAUGCAUGCAUGCACGUUUGCUUUGUCUGCUUAGCACCCAUUAAAUGGCGGUGAUUGUGUGUGUGUGUGUGUGUGUGUGUGUGUGUGUGUGUGAGUGAGAGAGAGAAAGAGAGAGAGAGAGAGAGAGAGAGAGAGAGAGAGACUUUUCUGAAAUUCGUGCAAUUUUACGUAUUUUAGAAUAUUACUCACAUUACCAUCAACAUUAUUUUUCAGUUCCUGCAAACUGACUUGUGCCCCAGCUGAUGGGGUGUGCAGCAUUGAGAUACAUCUGGUGAAUAAUAAAAAGUUCUGUUACAGGAAGGUGCAGACUGGCAAUCUAUUUCUGCAGGGUGGCAGUACAACUUAUGGGCUAAAAAAUUAUUUAUUUGUUCAACUAAUCAGUCAUUUCAGCAAACUGUGACAAGGUUAUGUGUGUGUUUUAAUGCCUUUGAAUAGAGAAGGAAAAUGAUUAUAUUUUAUAACAUGAUGAGUGGACUUCUAAACUCCAUGUACACAUGAACGAUACGCACAACAGCCUGCAACCAUGUACACAUAUCAUAUCUGUAUUAUGAGAUUAAUAGACAAAAAUGAAUUAAAAACCAAGAGUGACUACUGGAAAUUACAAAAUAAAUACUAUAUGCAGUGGUUCGUAUGCAUUGCCGCCGCCCCCCCUCCCACUUUAGUAUUUAGUUUAUGAAACAGUUAUACAUUUUCCUUCUCAUAACUUUCAAAGGAAAUAUAUACGUCCCUUGAUUAGCACAAGAAAUACCAAGCUGGUAUUUGCUGCAUAUAUUCUCAAUUCUGUUUUAUAUUGACAAGUUUAUUUGAUGUUACAGUGUUUUGGUGUUUAUUUUACUCCUCUCCUAAGUGUGAGCAAUCACUUAAAUAGAAGCAUUUUGUCAUAUGCAGUUUCUCGUUGUAUCCAUUCUCAGUUUCUAAUUUUCACCCUUUGCAUAGAAAGAUGGGGAAGUGUACUAAAUGAAUGUUGCACAUAUGAGCAAUUGCACCAAGAAUGGACAAAGUUCAAAUGUAAAAAUGUAUUCAGUAAAUAGUAGGAAAAGAGAGAAACAUAAAUAUGUGAGAAUUAAAUGCAGCAAUCAAAACGAGCUGUUGGCAGAGUGUGUUGUUGUAGUGUCUUCCACUGGGUGUGGGUGGCUUGUUCUGUUCAUUUGUCGUCUUGUACUUGUGUGGGAGCAUUAAUGAAUUGUAAUAAUAGCAAGAGCUAUUUAUUCCAAAGGUCAUGACUCCAGAAGCAAGUCUUCCUAUCAUACUGCAUAUGACUGAAGGAUGUGGUCUCUGUGCUAGAAAUAAUUCUGUGCAGGGUUUCUCAGUUGAGGCACUAAAGUGAUUACCCACCCCAAAACUUACAUUGUUCUAAAGCAGUCAGUGAUCGUUCUUUAGGCUACUGAAGGACCCAGAUGUGCUAUGCCCAAACGCAGUUGAUGCUCUUUUCCUUCUUGUAGACAUGAGUGUAUGGGUUUCCAUGUUCUACUGUAGCUAGAAACUUAUGAUCUGUGAAGAAACAUUUUUGUAAUUUGCAUUGAAAUUAUGUUCUGCACUUGAGGGAUUUCAAGUGUGCAAAAACCCAGAGUAUAAUUAUUCAGCAUAUGAUUCUUGGGUCUGUCACUGGAAUAUGUUUUGUGUACCUGUCAGUAUUUUCUCAAGACAACUGCUUGACAUAGUCUGUUGGUGGCAAAUAGCAACACUUAUCAGCUGUGACCAGCAGUUAUUACCUGAACACGUCGGGUCAGUUGCGUUGAGGAAGUGUAGUCUGAUGCAUAAAAUGUGAUCCCGUAGUGCACCCAGGAGCCAUAUAUAGAACAUAUCUCCCACGAAAGCUUGAAGAGUCAAAUCCAAAUUAUUCUUGUCACGCUGUUUGACUAAAUUCCUGUCUAUAGAAACUGUCUAAUGUGACACUCCUGACUGCAGAAAUGUACAAUCGUGGGGAGACUUCAGUUAUCCGUGUUUUUCCUGUAAAGUAGUUAUGCAAGCAAGAAAAAGUGCAGUAUUGUUUCUUUCUGUAAUAAUCAUUCUUCCUAAAUUAAAUUUCUACUCCUUUUUUUAUUAUAAAAAGUAAAUUGCAUCUUUUCCCCCUCUUUGAAGUUAGUAUUUGUUGCAGUGGCUACACUAGGGUAUGAUAUUUGUUGGAUAUUGCAUAUGAAGAAUUUCUGUAUCCUGACAAAAAAAUCUUGUUUAAUAAUGUGGUUUUCGUGCUGUCAAUUCUAAUAAUUUUAUUAUAUUUGUUAGGAUAGCCUGCAAUGCACAAUACUGCAUGUUUUAAUUGUGAGCUUUUAUUCAUUUCUCUAUUAACAUGAGGUGCAAAAGGUUACAAAAUCUCCACAGAGGUCCUUGGAAUAUUUUUGAGGCAUACCAAAAACAGAGUUGGGAUACUAAAGCAUUUAACAUGAGAGAGUUUUGGAGUUCAAAAAUUUUAUUCUGUUUGCUCAUGUAUUAAACAAGUAUCUAAAAUAUGGGAUUGAGUUAUAGGGGACUGAAAGGAAUCUACAUUUAGGGGGAUAUAUUAACAAUGUUACUCACUCCUAACGUUUGUUGGAGUAUUGUGUGUUGCAUAUUUCUCUUUAAGUUAUUAUUAAUUCACAUCUUUUCAUGCAGCUGGUCCAGAACAUAACUACUUGUCUUUCUUUCAGCUGUUAACAUGUUCUGUUUCUACCCAAUGUACCUGGAUUGUUACACACAUCCACUAUAUUAUUUAAAUUUGUGUAGUUUUCCUUUCCAGAUUUGCCAAAACUACUAUGGAUACUGCAGAGAUACAAAAAGCUAGAUGCGGGAGCAGCUUCAGUGGAAAUAAGUGUUCUUGCAUAGCACAUAAAAAUAUUGUACAUUACCAGUGAAAUGAAAUGCAAUUAAUAUCUUUCUUUAUUGAUAUAGCAAAACACUUGUUCCUAUGGCAUCCCCGUAUAUGUUACAUGUUAAAUUAUGAUUUUCUUUCUUAGCAUUUCUGAGGACUGCCAUAUUGUUUAUAAGGUGAGUCAACCCAUACCUAACACAUAUUUUUUUUUUUUCAUAGAAAAACAAUGUUCAUACAACCUAACUGUAACUCAAAUGAUUUAUGUACACAAUUGUGAAUAAAAGUUUUAUAUUGA